UGUUUUUGGUUUCGUUUUUCUGCUCAGCAGGCUCAUAAAGGGACGUUUUAAAGAGAAAAGAAGGUUCACCCUCUCCAAAGUAGCAUAGACCUCUCGCCACCACAGUGAUAGCAGCACCGAUGGAGAUCACUCUUAGAUCAUACCAGGAGGAAGUGGUGCAGACGGCUCUAAAGGGGGAGAACAGCAUCAUCUGGCUGCCCACUGGUGGAGGAAAAACCCGUGCUGCUGUUUAUGUUGCCAAGAAACACCUGGAGACUACAGCCAAUGCCAAAGUGGCAGUGCUCGUCAACAAGGUGCACCUGGUAGACCAGCACUUUGACAAAGAAUUCAACCUUUAUCUUGGGAAGCCAUACAAGAUAAAGGCCAUCAGUGGGGACAGCGGUGACAAGGACUUAUUUGGGUGUCUGGUCAAGGACUCAGACCUGGUCAUCUGCACGGCUCAGAUUUUGGAGAACGCCCUGAAUAGCACGGAGGAGGAAAAACACGUGGAUCUCACAGACUUCACCCUGUUGGUCAUAGAUGAAUGUCACCACACGCAAAAGGAAAGUGUCUAUAACAAGAUUAUGGGCCGCUAUGUGGAGAAGAAAGUGAGAAAAGAAGGGAAGCUGCCCCAGGUUUUGGGCCUCACAGCAUCACCUGGUACAGGAGGAAAUAAGUCACUGGAUAAAGCUGUGGAACAUGUCUUGCAGAUCUGUGCCAAUCUGGAUUCAGUAAUUGUGUCCACCAAGGAUUAUACACCAGCGCUCAAGGAAGUUGUCCCUAAACCCAAAAAGCAAUAUGACAUUGUUGAAAAAAGAGCUCUGGAUCCAUUUGGCGACCACUUGAAGUUAAUGAUGUCAAUGAUUCAUGAGUUCAUGCCAUCAACGGUGAGCCGUAGCCUGCGGGAUAUGGGCACACAGGAAUAUGAAGCUGAUGUGGUGGAACUAGAGAAAACAGGUGUAAUAGAAGAGAACAGACUGAUCGCUCAGUGUGCACUGCAUCUGCGGCAAUACAACGAUGCUCUUCUCAUUAACGACACCGUUCGCAUGGUGGACGCGUUCAAUGUUCUGGACGAGUUCUACAAUUCAAGGAAAAACAAAUUGCUGGAUGGAACAGACUUCUUUCUCCAGGGACUUUUUGAUGAGAACCGCGUGGAGCUAAAACAACUGGCAUCGGAUGCCCGCUACGAAAACCCCAAACUGGCCCAGUUGCAACUCACGCUGCUGGAAGAGUUUAGAGAUAAAACGUCUCGCGGUAUAAUCUUCUCGAAGACGCGCAGGGGCACACAUUGUCUGUAUGACUGGGUGAACUCCAACCAUGAGCUGCUGAAGGUCAAAAUCACUGCUGGCAUUCUCACUGGAACGGGUACUGGUGCCGACCACAUGAACCAGAGUGUACAGAAGAAGACCAUCAAAGAUUUUAGACAAGGAUUCCACAACCUCCUCAUCUCUACCAGUGUGGCUGAGGAAGGACUUGAUAUUCCAGAAUGCAACUUAGUUGUACGUUACGGCCUGUUGACCAAUGAGAUCGCUCAGCAGCAGGCCAGUGGGCGGGCUCGAGCUGAGAACAGCGUCUACUCAGUGGUGGCUGAAGAAGGUGGGCGCGAACUGCGCAGGGAAUUUACCAAUGAGUAUCUAGAAAGUCUGACCUCAAAAGCUAUUGACCAAGUACAGAGAAUGAGUCCCAGGGAGUUCAGAGUCAAGAUAUCUAAACUCCAACAAAUGUCUAUUCUGAUUCGGAUUGAAGCUGAGAAGAAAAAGGAUGAGAGGAAGCAGCGCUACAGUCCUGCUCAGGUUCAGCUUCAAUGCAGAGGAUGUUUCCUUCGUGUCUGCAGUGGAGAAGAUAUCAAAAAGAUAGAGAAUUCACACCAUGUCAAUAUCAACCCUGAGUUUAAGAGGCAUUAUAGAACUGGUGGGCAAGUGAUUCUGGAGAGGACUUUUGAAGAUUGGGAGCCUGGACGGGUUAUCAGCUGCAGUAAAUGUGGACAGGAAUGGGGAUUGGAGAUUAAAUUCAAGAUGGUGGCGAUACUCCCCUGUUUGAAAAUAAAGAACUUUUUCUUGAAUACUCCUCAAGGCAAAGUCUCUUGCAAGUACUGGAAGAAUGUUGAGUUCCAGGUGACAGAGUUUGACUUCAUUGACUACAUGAGCAGCUGUUUCCCUGACCUGGACUUUGAUGACUGACACAACUAAACUCAGUCAGAACCCUGUAACCCUCACUGUGCCAGGUUUUCUGUCUGCAGUGAGUAUUUCUAUACCAGUGGCUUGUAUCUUGUAGACUGUUGAUUACUGUUCAUUAGCAUAAUUUAAAAAUGAAAUUAUCCAUCCUGAUUACAUCUUGGUUAUUCAUGGAUGUUGGGGGUCAUAGCAGCUUUUGUGGU